AUGGGUACUCCUGAUCAUCAUAAAUCAUUCACGUCUUUGAGCUCUUCAACUCAAAGAGGUGCAUCUCUAGGAUCUCAUCCUCAUGGAUUGCAUUCAAAACAUAUUUCUCGCCACGGAGAACCUCAUAGUGCCGCCGAAAUAGGCUCCGUUACUCCGUUACAAGGAUCCACGAUAUUUAACUCCAAAUCUGCUACUGUUUCACGGAAUAAAGUGGUGGGAGGAACAAAAUUAGAUAUUGAGGACUUUAAACAUCCUCAAAUGUCUAAAUCUUCUUGCUCCAGUACCAGAUCAUCUCCUUUAGAAAAAUAUCGUAAGAAACGUAACGGUGAUCCUGCUGCUCCUAACACUGAACCUAGUGUCAAAAGAUUAUUAUCACUGAAAACUAAGAUCCCUAAAAUGAGCCCUCCUAAUCACGAAGAUCUGGAUUUUGACGGGCUAUCAUCACCAACUAAUCGUCAAGGUACUAUCCCUGAUCCUAUAGAUUUUGAUCCUAGUUUAAGAGAAGAAGAUGUUACUCGCACUAACGUAAUGGAAUAUACCGAUAGAGACCUCACGAAGGCAGCAUAUUUGAAUGAACCCGAUAAGGAGAAUAUAACCGUUGAUUAUGGAAAGGGACAAAGUCGUGAUACUAAUGAUCAAUCUCAUGAAAUCCAAUAUGACAAGGAAGUACGUUUAGCUGCUUCUAAAACCAUUGAGAUUGAAGAACCUGAAAUAUCAAAUGGUAUAAAGAAUAAUAGUAGUGGUGGUGGUGAACAAGAUGAUAUGGUUUUGUCACCGAUUACCAAGGAUGUUUAUGAUUUUGAAUCUCCAAUUAGUGAAGUUAAAGCCCCAUCAGUUGAUAGAAGCGAGGAAUUUAUGACUGCGCUUGAAAACAAAGUAUCUAAUGAUCAGAAACUAAAGGAAACCAUUUCAAUACUUCAAGAACAAGUUGCUUAUGAUGUGGGGAUUUCCAAGCAUUUAUUAGAUAAUUUUCAGUUUAUGACUGAUUAUUACUCUAUUCAGAUGAAGGGAAAAUCAGAUACCAUUUCUCGAUUAGAACAAUCGGCGAUUACAUUACAAGAACAAAUGGAUGAAAAGGAUUUAUAUAUUGAAAAACUUGUUGAAACCAAAGUACAAAUGCAAGAUACCAUUGAUUCCAAGAAUGAACAAAUAUCUCAAUUACUUUCUGGUGAAGAAAAAUUAUUGGAAAAGAAUACACAUGCUUAUAGUGAGCUUUCUAUUAAAUCGGAGAAAAUUGCCGACCUUGAAGCCGAAGUAUCAAAAUUAGAAAAUGAAAUUGAUACUGUUAAAUCAGCUUUACAUGAAAAAGAAGUUGAAUUAGUGGAUGCAAUUAAGAGGGUCGAUUUCUUGCACCAACAAAAUGCUGAAUUUAGUAAUGAUGCUAAGACUGUUGAGAAUCUUCGUCGUGAAGUUGAUGCAUUGGAAAGUAAUAAUAAGAGAAUUGAGCAUUUCUUACAUAGUGAGUAUUCCAAGAAAUUAGCUCAAAGAAUUCAAGCUCGUGAAGCUACAUGGAACGAGAAGGUAUCAUCAUUACAAACCAAAUACGAAAGGUCUCAACUGGAAGUUAAAAGGUUAAUGCAGAUGGUCAGUGGGACUAAAUCCAAGCAACUGUGA